AUGGCAGAAGAGGUUUGGGUGGGCACCUGGCGGCCCCAUCGCCCCCGGGGACCCAUCAUGGCCCUCUAUAGCAGCCCUGGACCCAAAUACCUGAUUCCACCCACCACAGGCUUCAUGAAGCACACCCCCACCAAGCUGCGGGCACCAGCCUAUAGCUUUCGUGGGGCCCCCAUGCUCCUGGCGGAGAACUGCUCCCCAGGGCCCCGCUACAGUGUGAACCCCAAGAUCCUGAGGACCGGCAAGGACCUGGGCCCUGCCUACUCCAUCCUGGGGCGCUACCACACCAAGACUGCAUUAACACCCGGCCCUGGUGAUUACUUCCCAGAGAGAUCCACCAAGCAUGUGUUCGACUCGGCCCCCAGCCACUCUAUCUCAGCCCGGACUAAGACGUUCCGAGUGGACAGUACCCCAGGUCCCGCAGCCUAUGCACUGCCCGUUGUGAUGGGGCCUCAUGCAGUGGGCAAAACCUCCCUGCCCUCCUUCUCCAUCAAGGGGCGCAGCAAACUGGGCAGCUUUAGCGACGACCUUCACAAGACCCCAGGUCCUGCUGCCUACCGCCAGACCGACAUGCAGCUGACCAAGCUUAAGGCACCACAGUAUACCAUGGCUGCCCGUGUGGAAACCCCAGGGGACAAGACCCUCAAACCAGGACCAGGAGCCCAUAGUCCAGAGAAGGUGACACUGACUAGGCCCUGCGCACCUGUGGUGAGCUUUGGCAUCAAGCACUCAGACUACAUGAUGCCCUUGGUGGUGGACGUGGAGUAG